UUUAGAAGUAACCUUUUCAAAGUCUAUUUUUAAAAAUAUAGAAUAUAAAAUAUUUGUAUGUAUGAUUUAAAAUAAUCAUUUUCUAAAAGUCCUAACAAACUCAUAAAAUAAUGAAAAUGGAGUGACUUCGUGCGUCAACGAAAGAGAAGUCCAUCCACUCACGGGCUGCCACGUUACACCGAUCAUUUCUUUAGGUAAUGAUUCAACAGUGAGCGCUAAUUUGUCUUUUAAAUGUAGUUCCGCUCAGUCUUCUUCUUCUUCAUUCUCUCUAAAGCUUCCAAUUCCACUGUUCACAGAGCAAACUUCCAUGGAUUCCAUUACCCGAAGGUACAAGAUGAGCGGAACCGAAAAGUUCGACGGUCGCGAUGGCAAGGCGAUCUCUAGAAGGAGGCCGCUGACGAUGACGGAGAUUUUAACAUCAACAAGCUCUACACUCGCGACGAUCAUGUUCGCCUGGUCGAUCAUCCGUCAGUACUGUCCUCACGGACUCCGCCAAUAUUUCCAGAUAUAUUUUGGUAAGUUCAUGGAUUACAUCUAUCCUAGUCCGUAUGUUCGAAUCGCAAUCUACGAAUUCGUUGGUGAACGUUUCAGUCGGAACAAAGCCUUCGCGGCGGUUGAAGCGUAUCUUAGCGAUAAACUUUCAGACGACGCUAAAAGACUCAAAGCCGAAGUCGGAGAAAGCAAGAACAACUUCUCAUUGAGUAUGGAUGAGUACGAAAGAGUUACCGAUGUGUACGAAAACGCUGAGUUCUGGUGGACUUUGAGCAAAAUCCCCGGAUCGGCAAAGAAAUCCCCCUCUUUGUAUCCAGACAUCGAUCGAAGAUUCUACCAACUUAAAUUUCACAAGAAGCAUCGAGAACUUGUGAAAGAAUCGUAUCUGAAGCAUGUAUUGAAGGAAGGAAAAGAAAUCAGAGUGAAUCGGAGGCGGAGGAAGCUUUACACUAACGGAACAGGAAAUCGAUGGCUAAUUCACAAGUCGACGACGUGGAGCGAAGUUUACUUCGAACAUCCUGCAAGUUUUGACACAAUCGGAAUGGAUCCAGAGAAAAAGCAAGAGAUUAUAGAAGAUUUACUAACAUUUAGCCAAAGUAAAGAGUAUUACGCUCGAAUCGGCAAGGCAUGGAAACGAGGUUACCUUCUGUACGGCCCGCCGGGGACGGGGAAAUCAACGAUGAUCGCCGCCAUGGCGAAUUUGCUAAACUACGACGUUUACGAUUUGGAAUUAACAGCAGUGAAGGACAAUACAGAGCUUCGGAAGCUUCUAAUUGAGACGACGAGCAAAUCGAUAAUCGUGAUUGAAGAUAUCGAUUGUUCAUUAGAAUUCACAAGGCAAAGGGAAAUCAAGAAAAAAGGAAGGUCAAAUGAGGAGAAAGAGAAGGAGAAAGCAAUUAAGGAACCGAAUAAAGAAGAAGAAGUGAAAAGCAAAGUAACUCUGUCUGGAUUGUUGAAUUUCAUCGACGGAAUUUGGUCAGCUUGCGGCGGAGAGAGGCUGAUCGUUUUCACAACAAAUCACUUGGAGAAGCUUGAUCCAGCAUUGAUUCGUAGAGGUAGAAUGGACAAACACAUUGAGCUUUCUUAUUGUAGCUAUGAAGCUUUCAAAGUGUUGGCUAAGAACUACUUGAAUGUUGAAACACACGAGCUUUUUGGAGAGAUUAAAGAGCUUUUCAACAAUGUAAAAAUGACGCCGGCGGAUGUGGCCGAGAAUCUGAUGCCGAAAUCACGGCAAGAAGGGGCGGAGCAUUCACUUCGUAGGUUUAUCGGAAGCUUGGAAGAGAAGAAGAGAGUAGAGGAGAAGAAGAAAAGAAUGGAAGACAGGAAGAAAGAGAAAUCAAAGAUAGUCGACGAAAAAGGAGAUAGUCGACUAAAAGGGGUCGUCUUUAGAGUGAUGAAUAAUUGGGGCAGAUUUUGGGUUGGGGAAGAAGGUGGGUUAAGAAUGGAGGAGAAAUGAAGCAAUUAUUAGUAGAUGAAGAUGUUCAAAACUAUGGUAUUUGCCUUUUUCUUCUUUUGUCAAAGUCUUUCUUUGGGUCCCUAAACGCUUUGAUUUAGUUUUAAAAGAAGGAUCGAAUAUUCCAUUUUAGUUGGGUUAAA